AUGGGGUCAGUGAAUGAGACACGGAUUUCAGAAUUUCUACUUCUGGGAAUUUCAGAGGAAUCCAGAUGGCAACCCUUCCUCUUUGGGCUUUUCCUGUCCAUGAACCUGGUCACUGUGCUGGGGAACCUGCUCAUCAUCCUGGCCACCAUCUCAGACUCCCACCUGCACACGCCCAUGUACUUCUUCCUCUCCAACCUGUCCUUUGUGGACAUCUGCUUCACCUCCACCACCGUCCCCAAGAUGCUGGUGAACAUCCAGACAGACAGAAAGGCCAUAACAUAUGAAGGAUGCAUCGUACAGAUAUAUUUUUUCAUACUCUUUGGAGUUUUGGAUAAUUUCCUUCUAACUGUGAUGGCUUAUGACCGCUUUGUAGCUAUCUGUCACCCUCUGCACUACACGGUCAUCAUGAACCGCCAACUCUGUGUGUCCCUGGUGCUGGCAUCCUGGAUCACAAGUGCCCUGAAUUCCCUGCUGCAAAGCUUAAUGGUGUUGCGACUGUCCUUCUGCACGGACUUGGAAAUCCCACACUUCUUCUGUGAACUGAAUCAAGUGGUUCUGCUUGCCUGUUCUGACACUUUUCCUAAUGACAUGGUGAUGUAUUUUGCAGCAGGACUGCUGUUCUGUGGCCCCCUUGCUGGUAUCCUGUACUCCUACUCCAAGAUAGUCUCCUCCAUCCGUGCAAUCUCAUCAGCUCAAGGCAAGUACAAAGCCUUCUCCACCUGUGCGUCUCACCUCUCCGUGGUCUCCUUAUUCUAUUGCACAUGCCUAGGAGUCUACUUUAGCUCAUCUACUACACACAACUCACACUCCAGUGCAACAGCCUCGGUGAUGUACAGUGUGGUCACCCCCAUGCUGAACCCCUUCAUCUACAGUCUGAGGAAUAAGGACAUCACGGGAGCUCUGAGGAGACUCUUUGUUGGCAAGCUAUAG